UUUGUCCUAGAGAAAGAGGUGAUAAGAAAAAUGGGUCUCCAAGAGCUUGACCCCUUAGCCCAAUUGAGCUUACCACCGGGUUUUCGGUUUUACCCGACGGACGAAGAGCUGAUGGUUGAAUAUCUCUGUAGAAAAGCCGCCGGUCAUGACUUCUCCCUCCAGCUCAUAGCUGAAAUCGACCUCUACAAGUUUGAUCCAUGGGUUUUACCAAGUAAGGCGUUAUUCGGUGAAAAAGAAUGCACCAAGCUUGAUGAUUGGGUUUUAUGUCGAAUAUACAAAAAGCAAUCAAGCGCACAAAAACAGGCUUAUAAUAAUCUAAUGACGAGUGGUCGUGAAUACAGCAACAAUGGUUCGUCGACAUCUUCUUCGUCUCAUCAAUACGACGACGUGCUCGAGUCUUUGCAUGAGAUCGACAACAGAAGUUUGGGAUUCGCCGCCGGUUCAUCAAACGCGCUGCCUCAUAGUCAUAGACCGGUUUUAACCAAUCAGAAAACCGGGUUUCACGGUUUAGCCAGGGAGCCAAGUUUUGAUUGGGCGAAUUUGGUUGGUCAGAACUCGGUACCGGAACUCGGACUGAGUCAUAAUGUUCCGAGUCUCCGUUACGGUGAAGGUGGAACGCAGCAACAGGCAGAGGGGAUUCCUCGGUUUAAUAACAACUCGGACGCGUUGGCUCAUCAGGGUUUUAGUGUUGACCCGGUUAACGGAUUUGGGUACUCGGGUCAACAAUCUAGUGGUUUCGGAUUUAUUUGAUUGUGUAAUGGUGACGUAAUAAGAAAAACAUAAUUUUAUU